UAAAUGUAACAAUUUACGUGGCACAACGAGGAGCUCAUAUCUAUGGAAGAGACUAUUGGAUUUAACAGUCUAAGCCUUCGUCCAGGAGGAAGUUGGAGAAGCGGUAGCGGGAAAUGGCAGCUUCAAUUUUCAGGCUUACCCUUUCCAAUUCACCAUUUAAUUCCCACGCAAUUGUUGAAUCCCCAAAGCUGAAUCCGCAUUCAAUCUCACUCCGGCGGAGCCGCAGGAGAAUACUCUGCUGCGCGCCACCAGAUUCCGGCGCCGGCGCCGGCGACGGAGCAGGAGUAUCACUUAGCGUUGGGAGUUACGCAAUUCCGCAUCCUAACAAGGUUGAGAAAGGCGGGGAAGAUGCUUUCCUUGUGAGUAGCUAUAACGGGGGUGUUAUUGCUGUUGCGGAUGGUGUUUCCGGUUGGGCAGAACAGAAUGUUAAUCCUGCAUUGUUCUCUCAGGAAUUGAUGGCCAAUGCAUUUUUCUUUCUUGAGCAUGAGGAGGUCAAUUUUGAUCCAUGCAUUCUUAUAAAGAAAGCCCAUGCUGCUACCUCCUCCAUUGGAUCAGCCACAGCAAUUGUAGCAAUGCUGGAGAGGAGUGGGAUUUUGAAGAUUGCCAAUGUUGGGGAUUGUGGAGUGAAGGUUAUACGCAAAGGUCAAAUGAUUUUUUCCUCGUCCCCGCAAGAGCAUUAUUUUGACUGCCCAUACCAGCUGAGCUCAGAGGCUGUUGGCCAAACAUACCUUGAUGCCACUGUUAGCAGAGUAGAGGUGCAAGAGGGAGACACAAUUGUAAUGGGUUCAGAUGGGCUGUUUGACAAUGUUUUUGACCAUGAGAUUGUUUCAGUGGUGGCUGCACAACAGGAUGCAUCCAAUGCUGCAAAGGCAUUGGCUGAAGUGGCUCAAAGUCAUUCGCUGGAUCCCAACUUCGACUCCCCAUAUUCACAGGAGGCGAGGGCAAGGGGGUUCGAUGUCCCUUGGUGGAAGAAAAUCCUACAAAUGAAGUUAACCGGUGGAAAGCUCGACGACAUCACUGUUAUUGUUGGACAAGUUAAAGGCUGAUCAAGAAUUCACAUCCAUACUUUUGAGUGUGCAGAAAGGACCUUUCCAUGCAGGGAGGGAACUACCUUGAGUUUCUUAAACAUUCUAUUCUUCUAAUAGGUUAGAUUAUUUGUUUUGGUGGUGUCUUUAAAUAUUUAAAGGGAGAUUAAAGGAUUAAUGGCAGAAUUCAGUUCCAGCAGCAAAGGUUUGAACUUUUGAGAGACAAAAAGUAGAAUGAGAAACAGAGGCUCUGAGCAUUUCUAAUAACAAUCUGUCUUCCAUUGUUUUUGCUCA